AUGCUGCUGCUGCUGCACGCGAGCGUCCACGCCCAUCAAUUCGCAGCUCAAGGCGGCAACCAGAUUCCCUUCUGGGCUCAUUCUGAGAGCCCCGUGGGCGAGAUCGACUUGUCGACGUACGACUUUGGCGGCAUUGGCACGUAUGCGAAUGUCCCGUACGAGAACUGCUUUGCCGAGAGCGACUCGUCAGAGGGCUUCGAUAUUGCGAUUCUUGGGGCUCCCUUUGACACUGCUGUAACGGCACGGCCUGGAGCGCGCUUUGGGCCAAAGGCCAUUCGAGCGGCGAGUGAACGAAAGGCAUAUGGCUACAGCAUAUACACCGGCCGAGACCCGGUUCGCGACUGGGCCAGAGUCGUCGACUGCUUCGACGCCCCAUUAACCUUCCUCGACAACCGGGUGGCCCUCAAGACGCUUGAUCAAGCGCACCGAGCAGUCUCCGGGAGAGCAACAGCACAUCCAGACAAGUCUACGAUUCCCCGGAUUGUGACGCUUGGGGGCGACCACACGACGACUCUGUCUGCGCUGCGGUCGACAUUUAAGCGAUGGGGGCCGGUGUCGGUCGUUCACUUUGAUAGCCAUAUCGAUACUUGGGAUCCGGCAGUUUUAGGCGGCGGUAUUUCAGAUUAUGCGGGCCUCAAUCACGGAACCUUUUUGCAUAUCGCUCAUGAAGAGAAUCUCAUCCUCAACUCGUCCAUCCACGCCGGAAUCCGCGCCCCGGUGAUGCGCCAAAAGGCAGACAUGCGCAACGACAGACGCUGCGGCUUCGACACAAUCACCGCCCGCGAGAUUGAUACCAAGGGCAUCCCGUCCAUCAUUGACAGGAUCCGAGAGCGUGUUGGGAACAGCAGCACUUAUAUUAGCGUUGAUAUCGAUGUUCUCGAUCCUGCGUUUGCUCCGGCAACCGGUACGCCAGAACCCGGCGGUUGGAGCACCCGUGAACUGACCACCAUCCUGGCUGGUCUGGAAGGACUCAACAUUAUCGGUGGCGACGUGGUCGAGGUAUCGCCCGCCUACGACGACAACGGCGAGACUACUGCUCUUGCGGCCGUGGAGGUUGUCCAUGCCAUUCUCGAACUCAUGGUCGCCCAGGCAGUGGAGGCGCCGGCGGACAACUAA